AUGAAAGAGGAUCAGGAAACCUGUCAUGUAGAGUCCCUACCUGGGCAACCUACGGACAAUGUCCCCGAGGUACUUCCUGAGAAGAACGGCGCUCGCGAGGCGAUGGAGGAUGAGCAGGAAAUGGGUUUCUUUGAGGCCAUCAGACUCUACCCCAUGGCCGCCGUCUGGUCCGUCGGCAUGUCCACUGCAGUGGUCAUGGAAGGAUAUGCUACCAUGUUGCUUUCUAGUUUCUACGCCCUCCCCCAAUUCAACCGCAAAUACGGUGUACUACAAUCCGACGGGUCCUACGUGAUUCCUGCUCCAUGGAAGUCUGGCCUCUCGAACGGUGCGCUUUGUGGAGAGAUCCUCGGCCUCUUCAUCACCGGUCUCUGCCAGGAUCGCUUUGGCUACCGCAGGACGAUCAUCGCUGCCCUUGUCAUGAUUGCGGGCUUCAUCUUUAUCCUCUUCUUCGCACAAAAUGUAGAAAUGCUCCUGGUCGGGGAGAUACUUUGUGGGAUUCCAUGGGGUACUUUUCAGACCAUCACCACUUCCUACGCCUCCGAGGUAUGCCCGGUGGCCCUGCGCGGCUACUUGACCACAUAUGUCAACCUAUGCUGGGUCAUAGGCCAGUUCAUCGUCUCCGGUGUCCUGCGUGGUGUCCUUGAUCGCACAGACCAGUGGGCAUACCGCAUCCCCUUUUCUGUCCAAUGGAUCUGGCCGAUACCUCUGAUUAUCAUAUGCCUUUUGGCCCCGGAGUCCCCUUGGUGGUUAGUGCGACAAGGCCGACUCGAAGAAGCAUGCCACAGCCUCUCUCGCCUCAUGAACCGUGCGAGCGACAGGAUUGAGCCGACCCUGGCCAUGAUCCAGCACACAAACCGGCUCGAGCUGGAAGCAACUGCAGGCACGACAUACUGGGAUUGCUUUAAGGGAACGAAUCUGCGUCGUACGGAGAUUGUGUGCCUUACGUGGUUAAUCCAAGUCAUAUGCGGAUCCCAAUUGAGUGCCUAUUCCACCGUUUUCUACAUCGCGGCAGGACUUGAGGAAAGCUGGUCAUUCAACAUGUCCCUAAUCCAAUACGCGCUCGGAGCGGCAGGGACGAUCCUAUCAUGGUUUCUCAUGACACGUGUUGGCCGUCGCACGAUCUAUGCGUAUGGGCUCAUUGCCUUAUUCGCUUUUCAGAUGAUCAUUGGGUUUGUCUCCCUUGCGCCCCGGGACAACAGCAAUGCCAACUGGGCGGUCGGUGCGCUGCUUUCCAUCUUCACGUUUACAUAUGAUCUUACCGUCGGCCCCGUAUGCUACUCACUUGUUGCCGAAUUGUCCUCCGUCCGUCUUCGUGCCAAAUCGGUUGUUCUCGCUCGCAAUCUCUAUAAUGUCGGGGGGAUCGUCGUCAACGUCCUGAUUAACUACCAGCUCACGAAGACGUCAUGGAACUGGAGUGCAAAAUCUGCGUUUUUUUGGGGAGGUAUCUGUUUUUGCUGCUUCGUCUGGGUAUUUUUCCGCCUUCCUGAACCCCGGGGUCGGACGUAUGCGGAACUGGACAUUCUUUUUACGCAGCGUGUGUCUGCACGGAAGUUCAGCUCGACGGAGGUUGAUGUAUUUCAUCCCGGUCAAGGCCACGAGGAACUGCCGGGUGGUAUUGAAAUGGCUACGAAGAAAGAUUGA